CCACCACGAACGUGCGAACGACAACAAAAUGGUACCACAUUACCUGCUUGUUUUGACCUUGGCAGUAGCCGUCAGCGCACGGACGGCAUCAACAAAUCAAAACAAAGUUGAACAAGCCAGGAGUUCGGAGGACACUGUUUUAGGAGAUUUAAAAAUCGCUUACGACACAUACAAAGACUGCAGCGGCAGCGAUAUCACCCACUGUCUUAAACUUAAGCUGGCCAAAGCAUUGAACAGGAUAUCUAAAAGCGACGAAAUCGACCUCUUAGGUGGAGUGACAAUUACCAAAAAUAAAGAUGCAGUCCAAAAAGUGGAAUAUGAAGAAGCGAUUCCGAGAGGUCUUGACGAGGGCUCAUUGGACAGCCUCAUCUUUGACAAAAUCGUUGGAUUCAUGCAAACUCAUACAGUCCAGGUCAAGUUCCCGAGCGGCUCAGAUUUGCAACGCGCGUUUGCUGAAGAUCGUGCCAGAAGGAAGAAGUUGGCCCCGCUCCUCGCUAUCCCCCUUCUAAUCGGGGGUAUGAUGGUACCAUUGGCCUUCGGAGCCCUAGCACUCUUAGCUGGAAAAGCCCUGAUUGUGUCCAAACUGGCUCUGGUGCUUGCCGGUAUCAUUGGUUUGAAGAAACUCCUCUCAUCGAACGGCACCGGCGAAGCCCAUGAAGUAGUAGUUUCAGCUGGACAUGGAGGAGCUGGGUGGAGCAGGUCCCUCGAAAACGCCCAAGACCUUGCAUACAACGCUUACACCCAAUAAGCAGCCUUAUCAAGCAAAUUAAAUUAUUUAAAAGAUUUAAGAAAAACUACCUUAUAAACCUUAGGAUAUACGUAGUACGCAGACCCGCCAACAUAAGUAAAAAUGAAAGUAAUUCUUUGAUAUUGAACGGACGAGUCGUUAGAAAUGAUCAAUAAAUAAAGACUCACGUCUGGGUUCAAAGAAUGACUUUUAGUUUUAAAAAAUUAUAUAAAAAUAAUCAUUUUACAUUAAAUAAAACAUCUAGUGAAAAAAAAAAUACAUAUUUAUAAGUACAAUACGAUUUAAUAAUUAUUGGAAUUUAUUAUUUAUACUUAUUUAAACGGAUAUAACUAACUGACAAGCGGCAUACAACGGACAACGAUCACGCAAAUUGACUAAUCGGUACUAUAUUUAUUAUUUUUCAUUAGAUUUUAAAAGUACCACAAUACUCUAACUUAUAAAAAUUAAUAUAAUAUAUAAUUAUGUAAUUUUGUAUAUAAAUUUUUAUAUAUAAAAGAGCGAGUCUUUGGAAUUUGCUUUAAUAAUUAAUAACUGUUAUAGUAUUUGUAAAAUAAUGUACAUAAAUC